AGUUCAGAGACAAUCAACACCAGAACAAAAAACAAAAGAGCAAAGAAAGAAAAUUCAUCAAAACCCCGACAAUGGCGACUCUCUGAGUAAAAAAGUAAACAAAAUUAUGAUUAUUUUGCUGCAAUUUUUAAUAACAAUGUCAGAAGAAAAUCUGAAAAUUUCUGGUUCAUCUUUGUUUUCUUCUCAAAUUUAUUGUACUUUGAAAGCGAUUUCUCUCUGAUCUCAUCAUCAGAUUUCGCUUAUUUUCUAGGUUUUUUUAUGUUGAGCUGUAUAAAUUUUUACUAUGUCUUGAAAACUCUUUUGGUUUUAUUGCAAAAGAUUUGAAUAUUUUGUUGACGUAAUUUUCUGAAUUUCUCUGUAUAGGAUUAGAUCAGUGAUGAUGACAUUGAUGAGCUGUGAGCAUCUGUGUUUUUUUAAAGCAUGCUUUCUAGAGUCUAGACAGGAAAAGUAAAACAGAGAGUGAAACAACUAUUAAUACUACUACCUGUAUUCUUCUUAGCAGAAAGAAAAAAAACCAUUACUGAAUCUUCCUUCUAUCUUUUGGAAGGUUUACUGGGUUUUCUUUUCCCUUUGAUUUCAAAUGCUUUUGAAAUCUCAUCUACAUUAUCUGAUCGUUUAAGAAUUUCAAGUUUAUUUUCUACUUCUUCUAGCUCUGUUUAUUAGGUAAAAAAAAAAGAGUUUCAUAGAAUCAAUGGCGGAUUUAUUUCAUCACUCUUCGUCAUCAGGAACAAGAUUUCAAACAGCGAUAUGGACAAUGAAGCUUGUAUUUCUGUUAAUCGGAAUAAUUUCAACAUUCCUUCUGUUUAAACUUGCAAUACCUUACUCUUUCUCUCUUUUCAUUUCUACACUUCCUCGUAUCUGGAUCUCAUUUCGAAGCUGGUUAGCUCCUCCUUAUCUUUACAUACUUGUCAACUUCAUCAUCAUAAGUAUUGUUGCUUCAUCAAAUUAUCAACAGAAGGUUUCAGAAAUGAAGAACAAACAAGUUGACAGGGAGACGGAGGACGUAGUCAGAGAGUCACAGAUGAAGAAGAAGAAAGUUGAGAGAGAAUCUGAGAAGAAGAAAUCUAGUAGAAGAAAGCAAAAACCAGAUCAGAAAACAUCGGUGAGUUUUUCAGAAUGCGAUGAGUUUGUGUCAGUUUCCGGCGAGAAAUCUGUAGUUUUUGUCAAGAAAUCGGUCGAGUCUUCACCUGAUACUCGUUCUGAUACUUCGUGUGUGACUGAUUCCGACGUUUCACCACCUGUGAGCCGCCGAAAAUCGCCAGAAGUUCAUCGUAAACUUUCUAAAUCGGUUGUUGAGCCGACGAAGCAAAUCAGUGUAGCUGAGGAAUUGGAACAGAACGAUUCGUUAGACGCUACGUGGACUGCGAUUAUAGAAGGACGUGGAAAACCUCCAACUAAGCAUUUAAGAAAGAGUGACACGUGGAAUGUUCCUCCAACUGUGAUUCUCCCCGGCCAGGAUAAGAAAGAACUGAGAAAAUCUGAGACGUUUAACGACGUGGCCUCUACCGGCUCAUCUGGAUCGGGUUCUUCUCGCGGUAGUGGUGGUGGUGGUGGUGGGUUGAGAAGAGAAAGUUCGUUGAGUCAAGAUGAGUUGAAUCGGCGAGUUGAGAUGUUUAUUAAGAAAUUCAAAAAUGAUAUGGUACUUCAGCGACAGGAAUCUUACAAGCGUUAUCAUGAGAUGGUUAAUCGUGGAGUUUACUAGAAAGGAAGAAAUUUAUUGUAAAGGGCUUCAAUCUGGGCCGAUGAAAAAACUGUAAAAUCUUUGACGUAUAAGUGUGACUGUGUGGGUGACUAUAAGCUGGAUUUUUACGAGCUUCGUCUGAUUACAACUGAUGCAGUAGUAGGGUUCGAGGUAUAAAUGGGACGGUGACGAUUGGUCUGAUGAUCUGAUCAAAUCAACUGAACGGUUAGGAUAUAAUAUGAAUCUUUUCAGAUUGGUUUUUUGGCAACUUAUAUAUAUAGUAGGUUAGUAAAUGGUAAGUUUGUACUUUCUUUUUUUACCGUUGGUUACUUUCCGUAUUCUCACAGUAGAUUUUGUGGAUGGUAUUGAAAGCGUGACUGACCUGAUAAUCUCUUUUGUAAGGAAAAAAGAAAUGAAUUUUUUUUUUGUGUUUUA